AUGGAUCUUAGUGGGCCUGCCCUUACACCUCCGGCUGGCGUGACCUCAAAUUUCGAUAAUCCACCAAACAAUAAUCCCUUGGCUAUCGGUGUAUUUGCAACUUGUGCAUCUGUUGCUACAAUAUGCAUUUUCAUGAAGGCUUAUGCUAGUCUAUGGAUAGCAAGAAAAGUGCAGAUUGAGGAAGUCGACGUGAUCCUGAUUUGA